AUGUUUUGAUUAAAAUUAAACAUCACAAGUUAUAAGUUGGACACUUAAUUUGGAGAUUAGAACUUUUCAACAAUAUUUAGAUAAAUAGGUGAUUCAGCUUAAAUAUAUUUUAUACUUAUUAUUCCAAUAUUAAAAGGAAUAGGAACGGGUUUCUUAGUUUCUUCAAGAAUGAUGCUUUUUAUGUUAUUGUUCAGUCGACAAGGCAAAUUGCGUUUGCAGAAAUGGUAUAUGGCUUAUCCAGAUAAAGUAAAGAAGAAAAUAACUAGAGAAUUGGUAACCACAAUCCUUGCUCGCAAACCCAAGAUGUGCUCUUUUCUAGAGUGGAAAGAUUGCAAAAUCGUUUAUAAGAGAUAUGCGAGUUUAUAUUUUUGUUGCGCUAUUGAACAAAAUGAUAAUGAAUUGUUAACUCUCGAAAUCAUUCAUCGUUAUGUCGAACUAUUGGAUAAAUAUUUUGGAAGUGUUUGCGAAUUGGAUAUAAUUUUUAAUUUUGAAAAAGCAUACUUUAUCUUGGAUGAGUUGUUAAUUGGUGGUGAAAUACAGGAGACUUCCAAAAAAAAUGUGCUUAAAGCAAUUGCAUCCCAGGAUUUACUACAAGAGGACGAAGCUGUUGAGGGCACUUUAAGAGACAUUGGACUACUGUAAAAUGUUGUAAGAAAUUUACCAUAUAAAUAUUAAAAUACCGAUCUUAUUUUGAAUUUACAUUUAGUAGUUUAGAGAUAAGGGUCAUUUGGUAAUUUUAAUAUUGUAUGUACAUAUAUACAAAAAUAAUAAAGCGAAGUAAGAAUGGUUUUAACGAAAUCAAACCGAAUAUUUGAAAAAAAAAUUAUUAAUGAUUUUUUUUGUAACAAUGAUUAUGAAAUAUGUAUGUACAUGAACUGAACUUCUUUAACUCGAGACUUUGAGUACAUCACAUAAAGUUUUUGCAUAAUUUUGUACAUAAAACAGGUAUUUUGUAAAAUUUAGGUGAACAUAUAAUUUUUGCUUGUUUGUUUCAGUGAAAAGAGAUUUUAAUAUGUUUAGUGUAUUAAUAUUUGUAUUUAAAUUGGGGUUUAAAUAUUCCGUUCUUCAAUAUCAUCUGUUACAAAUCCGCCUGAGUAAAAAUUCAUUGUUCACCUCAAUUCUAACUAUCUCUAAUAGCAAUGUUUGAAGGGAUAAUUACGCGCGGUGAGUUCUAUGUGUUCAGCUGUUUAUAGAGAGUUCCAGUUAUGAAGAAAUUCGAGUUAUGGAAGUUCCCAUGUAUCUUUGUUCAUGAUAUGCAAAUCUACAUGUGCAUUUGCUCAUAAAACUGAGUAAAAAUCUUAAAUAAUGUGGUAUUAUUAUAUAAAAGGUCAGAGUAAUUAAAUUUAACAAUGAGAGCUUUUCAUUGGGAAGCUUUCGUAGUCUCUUACAAUUUUCUUCCAACAAAAUGUGAAAAAGAAGACGUAAAUGAGCAAAAUGUCAAAUUGCCACAUCAGUUCUUCAGAAGUUUUUUCAAGUUUCACAUUUAUUUCCAAUUCCACAUAAUUAUAUCUAUAGUAAACUUAUAACUUACGCUCACAAAAGUAAGCAUUUGUUAACAAUAACAAAAGUAUGUGAAAUCGUUAUCCCAUGCAAAACUGAAAAGCUGGAAUGGGCGAAACUCUUUUUAAGAUUUGAUAAUGUUUAAUGGUAAUAAUGUUUAUAUUGAAUUAAUGUGAAAAAAUAUUGUUGUUUCUUUAAACUCAACAUUCGACUGUUAAAAAACAGUUAAACUCAAAAAAUUAUGUUGGUAUAUAUUGUUGUUUAAUUAUUUAUGAUGUAUUUGUGGUAACUUAAAAUCUAUGAGAUUGAAUGUACGGAAGUUUCAAAUUUGACUGUUUUAUUGUUAAAAACUCUAACCGGAACGAAUCCAAAUUUAUAUACCAUACGUCCAAGUAUCGCUGCAGUAUUCCCAAGAACGGUUUGAAAAUAGAAGGAAAAUAAUCUAUUGUAAGUUGCAGUGGUACAUAUUGUUCUAUAUUAAUCAAUAUUACUUUAAACUCCCUUUUGGUAAAUGUUGGGUCAUAAUCCAUUGUGUUUUUGGAGAGAAAUUUGAAAAUAAAUUAUAAUUUAAAUUUUAUACAAUUAUUUUUGACUACCUUUGAAUAAAUGUAUGUAAUUAGCGAAAUUUAACAGGUAUGAUGCUGAAAAUAAAAAAGCGUUCAGGAAUUGUAGAAUUUACUUUACUCAUUGAAUUUCAUCCAAAUAUGGCAACACUUCAUUUUUUUUGCUGUUAUAAAGCAUAGACAUUCUAGUUUUCAAAGCCCUCUUCAUUUGAUUUGCAUUAAUUUCAUUUGAAAUGCUGUUCAAAUCCAUAAGCGAAUGUAAAAAAAUUUGAACUUAGAGGUAAAGUGGUUGAAGUGAGAUCAUUUUUGCUUUUCGCUGACAUGUACGGUUUUUUAAUCACUGGUUUUUCAUACAAAUUUGAACUUUCCAGAGUUGCAUAACUUAGUGUCUAAAGACGACGACAAUAACACGUUGUUGUUUUUGGCACAAAGGAUCGCAUUAGGGAGGGGCAUAUUUGGACGUAAUUUUUUUGAAAAAGUGGGCGUGGCCCCGCCCCCUACUAAGUUUUUUUUGUACAUAUCUCGGAAACUACUAUAGCUAUGUCAACCAAACUCUAUAGAGUCGUUUCCUUCAGGCAUUU